AAAACCUGAAAUGGCAACUGAUUAUUUCAAAAGGGGGAAUUUUGUUGCUGACAUCACAAGUGGCAAUAUUCAGCCCAGUCGACGGUCCCUUUCAACGGCAAAACCACUACUAUGCAUUACAAUUUACACGCAAAGUAGCGGAACUCAGUCGUAAACCGAGGACCACCCCUGUACGUAUAGGAGGGGGAGACAGAGAGAGAAAGAAGUAAAGGAGCGAGCGAGAGAGGGGGAGCGCGACAGCGCUUCCUCCCCUCCCAUGUCAUUGGUCACGAACAGCGAGCAUCUCUUCGUGCAUCCACAGAAAGUCCACCUGUGGAACGCGCAAGUGGCGCUUGCUUGCUUCGGCGUCUCAGCAUGAGCGCCGAGUGCAGCGACUACCUGAGCGCGGACGGCGUGUUUGUCGCCGCUUUCUCCUGCCCCAAAGCGGGCAAUGUCGCCGCCCGUUUCUGUUGUGGAUUUAACGACUUGAAGUACUGCUGUGACGAUCCCAACAGCUUUUACCCGCACGACUAUGCUUACAUGUGGUGGCUGAGUAUUUGGGCUCUUGUUGGCCUGUCUUUUGCAGCGGUGGUCCUUCUCGCCUUCCUCAUUACAGUAUGUGUGCUUUGCUACCUCUUUAUCACCACCAAACCAAGCCGGCGUGACAACAACAUACCCUUACGAGCACCAGGUGACCCCCAGGAGGGAUCCAGCCUCACCGGAGCGAUGUGCGCCUCAGGUCCGCAGGGAUUCCGAAAGCACUUCAUGAGCAGGAAGUUGCAUUCUGAUAACCAGCCCCAAGACCCAGAGCGUCUGUUCCAGAGGUGUUUCACAUCAACUGUGACAGGCGUAAGAGUGGAAAGUCCCUCAUAAAGCAAUUUUAGUGGGACGGUCUGAAUAAAGGAGGAUAGGAACAAGGAGGAGGAUUUCGUUCAAUCUUUAGUUUUGCAGCCAGCUCGUUAGGUACCCCUGUACAGUCUUAUGGGAUCCAAUUCAAGAGAUGCCAGACCAGUGAUGCUACACGGGUUCAUACUUAAAUUCUUCAAAUAUCAUGUGUACAUUUCGCCGGCUGCUCAAGCAACUCCCAAGUCGGUUACUCUCAGCCAAGUCAAGUCAUCUCAAGUCAAACCAGUGAUAAGUUAAAGUAGAUGCAAUAUCUGGUCUUCAUAAAGAAAGAAGACCAAAAAAGUCACAUAUUUUUGCAAUU